GGCGAUUAUGGCCAUUUACGGGCAUGUUAUUUUUCAGAGGAGGCUCUUUACUGGCUUAAAGAACAUAAGGGUACUGAAUUAACGAAAACAUUUCCAUGAUAGUAAUUUAACACUCCCUGGUUUUAGAGGUGAAGUACAACAUACAAUACAUUUUGGCUCGGGUAUUGUGAUCUGCUUGUUUUAAUGAUAUAAUUUAUGAAUGGUGUCUCAUGAACGUGCUUGUAGUCGCGUUGUGGUAACUUUCCUCUUGAACAACCUUGACUAUGCGCUCGGUUUGUUUGUCUUCAGAACGGGUUGAGAAGCAACUUUAGAAAGUUGAUCUAAAGGUUGAUUUUAGCGUCAAAUGACCAAAACACCUGUCCUGUGUGUGUGUGUGUUUGUGUGUGCCCUGGAGUGGAAUGGAGCCAGUAUACUAUACACACGGAACAUCCGUCGCUGGAAUAAAAACAGACUGACAACGGGGAUGAAGGCUCGCUGCUGGUGUGGUGAAUAUUUGCAUUCGCACGGCGCAGACGCGGACUCGCAUUCCUGAGUUGGUGUUCCCUCUGCAUGCUUGUUUGCGUUCGUCAAGAGAAAGGAGGGAGGGAGCAAAAACGAGCUCGUAGCCUCAACGGUGAAGUACUUUCUGGUGAAGUUUAAGAGACACAAGCCCAGCUGACAUCCGAAACAUAAGCACAGUGCGAGUCGUGUUAUUUGCAUUUGUCGUGAACAGUUGUGGCGAGUCCUUCCGGACCGAUGUGGUGCAAUUUAAAACCCUCUGUGUUUCUGUAGACGACUACAGAGAGCCUUGCGACUGCAACGACGUUGCGUUGGAUGUAGAAACAGCUCGCAGCAACAUGUCACGUAAUCUACAUGGGCCGCUGGGUCUACGAAUAUGACACGGGAUUAUCCUUGCCGAAAGGACUGUGCGUCUCGGGUUUCUGACCGGAGGCGCGGCGGCUAGAUGUCAGAGAGAGGGGUAUGAGGAUUCUGAAGCCACGGUUACUUGCCUACCAUUACAGGCUUCCUGGUUCACAGACUGUCAGUUUUCGCGUUUGUUACGCUACGUAUAAUUUUGUUUCAGAACGGUUGUUUAAAAUAGGCGCUGCUUGCGCGCGCUUGUGCUGUGGAUGAUUCGUGUUGAGCGUUUUCCUUGCGCGUGCUUGUCCUCUGGCCUUCUGUGCGGAUAUAACUUCUGAAGGACGAAACGGAACAGUGUCGAGAAUGGCUGCAGCUACCCUGAAGACGUGCGUGUGAGUGUGUUGUGGGGAGUCUUGCCAUCCGCCUGUGUGGUUGACUGUUGACACUGGGGCUCCGCCUCACACAUACACACACACACACCCACACACCCACACACACACACACACACACACACUCAUGACGGGUCAAACGGGCUUCCCUCCUAUAUGGAACCGGGCUCGGUGCUCGGACAGCGGCGUCGAUCCCGAACGGGAGGAGCAGUGGGCCAGGCUGUUCGACGAGCUGGACCUUAACAAGGACGGACGGAUCGACGUCAGCGAGCUGCGGGCCGGGCUCGCCACACGGGGUCUGCUGUCGCGGGGAUCCGUGGAAGAGAUAGUGCGUGCUGGCGACAAGAACGCAGAUGGCGAGCUGGACUUCGAGGAGUUCUCCCAGUACCUGCAGUCACACGAGAGACGCCUGAAGCUCAUGUUCCGAAGCCUGGACCGCAACAACGAUGGCUGCAUUGAUGUUGGGGAGAUCCAACAUUCUCUCCAUACAUUGGGAAUUGAUGUCAGCCUGGAGGAGGCUGCUAAGAUACUACAAAGUAUGGAUAAGGACGGCACCAUGACCAUUGACUGGCGUGAGUGGCGAGAUCACUUCCUGUUGAACCCCCUGCACAACAUGCAGGACAUCGCUCACUUCUGGAAGCGCUCCGUGAUGGUGGACAUUGGUGAGCAGAUGACGAUUCCAGACGAGUUCUCGGAGAAGGAGAAGAAGUCUGGGUUCGUGUGGAGGCAGCUGAUGGCCGGGGCCAUGGCCGGGUCUGUGUCCCGCACCGGGACCGCUCCUCUGGACCGCCUCAAGGUCUUCCUCCAGGUCCAUGGCUCUAAGUCUAAUAAGGUGAACGUGGUGUCUGGGCUGAGGGCCAUGGUGAAGGAGGGGGGCCUGAGGUCACUCUGGAGGGGCAACGGAAUCAACGUGCUCAAGAUCGCCCCGGAAACGGCCAUCAAGUUCCUCGCCUACGAACAGAUAAAGCGUGUGAUGAGGGGAGGUGUGGAGGGCGGGACUCUGAAGUUGCAGGAGAGAUUCGUAGCAGGAUCCCUGGCUGGGGCAAUCGCACAGACUGUCAUCUACCCUAUGGAGGUUGUCGGGGACGGACUGCUGGAAACCCAACCGUAUGAAGAGGACCAUCAGUAA